AUGAUAACAGCAACUAGAUCAUUAAAUGUUAGAUUGCCUUAAUUAAGCAUGAAAAAUCUUGAAAAAUCUCGAGAAAAGUCGAAUAAACCUACAAUUAGAUCCAUAAAUAACGUUUAUGAUUAUUCUAAUUCCCCACCUAAAACAAGAACUGAUAAUAUUUCAAGGGGUUCCCUUUCCACUCCUUUAUAAUAUUGCAGAUAUUCCUGUUAUAAUAUAUGUAGAGUGGAUUCCUCAUUUAAUGACUAAGAAAUCUUUAGUGCAUAAUAAAGAAGUGUUUAAAGAAAUGAAAAUAGUAAAAAUACAUAUAGUGAUUAAAUUGAAAAAUUGUCUUAAAGGAUUAAAAACCUCAGCAAAACAAAAAAAAAAAUGUAAGAAUCUAUUUCCACCAAAUAAUAUAAAAAAACUGAACCUUAUAUUCAAAAAUAAUCUAAUAAAUAUUAACCAAAAAGUCCCAAAUUGAUUCUCAAAACGGAAGAAAAAAAUGAUGAAGUCAACUUUGAAUAAAAAUAAUUAAUCCAAGAGAAAAUGUAAGAAAUUUACGCAUCAGUAUAAGCCAUACUGAAAUCGCAUAAAGGAUAUGUUAGAUAAGUUGAAAAAAAAAAUGUUUAGAUUCAAUUAGUCUAACUUAAAAAGGAAUUUAAACUUGUUAAUUAAGAUUAUAAUGAGUUUUAUAAUAAUCAUACUAACGAACAAUUCAAAUUGGAUUUUGAAUUAGUCGAUCGAAUAGAAUAAUUAAAAAAGUUAUUUGAAAAUAAGAGACCAACUAAACGUAAUUGUGGUAGUCUUUUUGAUGGAAUGGAUAUUUCAAUUGUAAUUCAAACAGAAGCAGAUGAAAAACCUAAUAAUAUUGAUUUUAACGAAAUUUCUGAAAAAGACUUUGAACAAUCUUAAGAUCAAAUUGGACAAUUUGCUGACUAAAUAACAGACUGCUCGCCAGCCAACAGCACUGCAAGAAGAAGAACUACUAAUUUAAAUAAAAGAGCAACCAAAUAAUAUUCUAUUUAGCCAAUCCAAAUUUAGUAAGAAACGACCUAAUAAACCUAAAUUAGUAGAAGAAAGAGCAGUGUAAAAUCAAUUAAUACUCCACUUACACCUAAAACUCCUGAUUCUCCAUCUUCUAUGACUUCUAGAAAUAACAAGUUCGCGGCAUAAUAAAUUAUUUAAGAAAAAUUAAAAUUGCCAGCUACACCACCUAAAAGGUAAGACUAAUAAUAAUUCUAAGAAGAUUAGACUAAUGUUCUAAAAAAAGAAAUUUAAAAAAGAUAAUCAAAACUCAUUUCACGUAAGGCUACAUUAGAAAUGUCUCAGUAACCAAAAUAAAAGUCGAGAUUAAAUUCAAGAAAUAGUUUAGUAGAAGUAACUGAACAUUCUGAAUAUGAAUAAAAAAUACUACCUAAUAAUAAUACUACUAAUUAAUCUUAAUCUUAAAUUAAUAUUGAAAAUAAUCCAGAAGUCAAUUAAAAUAUACUAGAUUAAUUAGAAAAUAACAAAGAAUAAAUAGCUAAUUAAAUUUAAACAUAAAAAUAAUCAUAAAAUUAAAUUGUGCCUCAAAAAGAAUAAUAAAAGUAAAAAACAAAAAAAUAAGAAAUUAAGGAAUCCAAAAUCAUUUAAGAUUUGUAUUAAUCUGCAUUUAUAUAUGAUCAAGAUAUCUUGAAUAAAUAUAGAAAAAAUAAACACAAAAAUGAAUGGUCUUAAGAUAUAUAAUCAGUUAUAUCUAACUAUUAUUAAUUUUUUUGA